AUGAUGGCAAUUGAUCAAAUUUCAGAUGGAUACCGCGGACACUGGACGAACGGUUGUAAAUCACCUACCUAUCCAACAAUCGUAGCGUUCAUUAUCACAAUAUGCAUAUCACCGACACAUAAUGAGGUUGCAGCUAGUGCAAACUACGCUUUGUGCAUUGGUGACAAGAGUUUGAUUUCAAUGAGUCUACGCGUACUUUUGGAAGGACUAGACAUUGCAAAGAACGGAUUAGUCGCAAAGAUGAUCACGUCUGGUGUUGGAAGUUGUAAGAGUGGAAUCGUCAUGAUCUUGUUGGAAGGAGACAUGUAA